AUGGCAUACUUACUAAAUGGCCAGCGCAACACUACUGGAUCUGACCAGUAUAUACAAGUCAAGCAUAAUCAAAUGAUUCACAAAGAUGUUAUCAAAAGGAGACCUGCGCAUCCGUCGACAUCCCAAAUGAACCGCAAAAUUCCACUACUUAAAUCUAGACACAGAACGAUUUUUCCAUUGAUUAAAACAUCCUUUAAGUCACAAAAUGCCAAUAAUUCGUCAAAGUCGAAAUUCAAGUAUGUCUCUCCUCACAAGUACGUUCGAGCAGAUAUUGUCACGACAAAGAAGCAAGGCUCUGCACAGAUGAAAAACAAGAUCGAUAAAUAUUGUGAAUAUUAUCAAAAAUUUGGUAAGCCAAAUGGGCUAGAAUUGAUCCUUGAAACACACAUGUUAAACUGUGUUGCACGCAUUUGUGGACUACCAGAAACUAAAAAAGUUGCAGUAUGUAAAGACUGGCUUAAAGAUGGAUCUUGUAAAUCAAGCGAUAAAUGCCACCGUCAGCACAUAUUGUCUCCACAUGUGGUGCCUCAUUGCCGUCAUUUCCAAUACGGAUAUUGUUAUAAUCCGGAAUGUCGAUACACACAUGUUCAUGUAAAAGAUGAUGCUCCUCUGUGUCGAGCAUUCGUUCAGGAUAAGUAUUGCGAACGAGGAUUAGAUUGUAAAAACAAACAUUACUGGUGUCGCUUUAAUUCCGAGCGACUUGAUGAUGAUAAUUCUACGACAAGCACUAAAAAUGCUGAAAAACGUUCAAGGGAAAAUGAUGAGACUACUGCAGAGAGGGCGACAAAACAUCGGCUCAAUGAUAAAGGGGAGAAAGUUGAUGAAUUUGCAGCAGGCUUUGAUUAUAUACCGUUUAAUAAUUGA